AAAAAAGAAUCCAUCCUAUUUUCUACCUAACCCGGUCCCAACUCCCGAUCAGUUAUCAUCUGAUAAUUACAGGAAUUUGCUAAAAGUUAGGGAUUUUGAUGAUUGACUGGAAAAUGAGAUCUGUUGAAUCCAUAGUGUCGGAGCUACCACCGUCUUCCUCCGCAACAGCAGUGGUCGGAGCAGGAGGAGAUAGAGGCGGCGGUGGUUGGUUGUACGGUUGGUUCGUGGAGUGCCAUGGUUUAUGGCAUAAUGUGUUGAUGAUAGUGCCUUCAGUACUAUUUGUUCUAUACUUGGCUUCCCAAGCCAAGAGAAGUUUCUCGAAGGUUUAUAAUGGCAGAUCGCAUGUAGUAGCUGCUCUCUAUGCCAUUCUCUGGCUUGUUAGCAUCUUCAAUUUGGCCUGGUGCUCUCUUCAGGCAUGGGAGUGUGCUCCAGGGAAACAAUUCAUGUGGAGUGUCAUCUCCUUGUUCACAACAUCUGGCAUGCUAUUUCUCGAAGUAAGUUUGAUAGCCUUUCUACUUCAAGGGAACUAUGCAAGUGGACGUGAGGCGCUAACACAGACAUUCCUAAUCUCAGCAAUUGUAGUAGGUUUAGAUAUAUCUCUAAAGGGGAUCUACCUAUUUGGAUUUGGUAUUCAGUUGUUUGAUGUUAGCAACAAUGGCUCGCAAUGGGCCUUAUGGGUUUUUCACAAGUUGCUGUUGACUGGAGUAUAUGGCCUCAUCUUUUUUAUGUAUCGAUCUAGAUGGAGAGAAAGGUUGCCAGCAAGACCUGCAUUCCAGAACUAUAUUUCCAUCAUGUUUUACGUAAAUGCAACUGCCUUGCUUGCAUGUGCACUUGCAGCACAUGGGACUGGAUUUGGACUAUGGUUGUACAAUAUCACGGUCAUCUGUUACCAUGCCAUGUACCUUCCCCUUCUGUAUAUUACUUUCCUUGCGGACUUUUUGCAGGAGGAUGACUUGCAUCUGGAGAAUGUAUACUACUCAGAAAUGAAAGAUGCUGGCUUCUUUGAUGUCGAUUGGGAGUAAUUCACCAGGCGCUUCUAAAUAAUGAAAGGUGAAUUUGAUGCUGUAAAUGUGUAAAUAUGUAUUAACAUGUUUAGAGAAUUCAGAAAAUGAAAAAUUAGUUUCCCUUCUAGUUAUAUAUAACUUCUCAACAACUUUACCACUAUUUGAUGCAAAAACAUACUUUAUGCUUAUGUGGAAUAAGUUCCUAAA